UCAUCAACUUAGUUUCUUAUCUCAUAUAUUUAUGCCGCUGACCUUUCUUCUUUCUUCAUUAUCUCUUUUACAACUCCAAUUCCUUCUUAUCUUUUUCUCUCUCUUUCACUCUUUUUCCCACAGUAUCUCUAUACAAAACCACCACUCUUCUCACUUCUUCCAAAAAUGGGACGAUCACCAUGCUGUGACAAGGUGGGGCUAAAGAAAGGGCCAUGGACUCCAGAGGAAGAUCAGAAGCUCUUGGCAUAUAUUGAAGAACACGGCCACGGAAGCUGGCGUGCUUUGCCAGCAAAAGCUGGACUUGAGAGGUGUGGCAAGAGCUGCAGAUUGAGAUGGACUAAUUAUCUAAGGCCUGAUAUUAAGAGGGGAAAGUUCAGUAUGCAAGAAGAACAAACCAUCAUUCAACUCCAUGCACUCUUAGGGAACAGGUGGUCGGCAAUAGCAACACAUUUGCCAAAGAGAACAGAUAAUGAGAUAAAGAACUACUGGAACACGCAUCUGAAGAAAAGGUUAGACAAAAUGGGAAUUGAUCCGGUGACUCACAAGCCCAAGAACGAUGCCAUUCUCUCCACUGAGGCUCAUUCCAAGAGUGCAUCCAACCUAAGCCACAUGGCUCAGUGGGAGAGUGCCAGACUCGAAGCAGAAGCAAGAUUGGUCAGAGAAUCAAAACUACGUACCUCACAUUCAUCAUCACCCUCAUUGCAGCAUUCUCUAAUUGGCACUUCUGCAUCAUCAUCAUCGUCUUCAGCUCCAGUAUUACCCUCCUCAACACGUUCUCUUGAUCACGCUUGGAACAAUGGUAGUAGUACCAGUACGGUUGCAACCAGGAUCAGUGACCUUGAGUCCCCUACUUCUACCUUAUCUGAGAACAAUGCACCACCAGUUAUGACUAGUGUGAUUGAGUUUGUUGGUUCUUCUGAGAGAGCGAUGGUGAAGGAAGAAGGAGAGCGAGAAUGGAACAAAGUUUUUCAUGAAAGCUCCACCCAUUUGGGAGAAUACAAAGAUGGCAUGGAGAAUUCCAUGCCCUUCACGUCUAGUCUGCAUGAGUUGACAGUGAGCAUGGCAACCACGUGGGGUUCCGGCACUACCAGUGCACAUGAACAUGGACAUGGACAUGGACAUGUUUCUGAGGAGGGAUUCACCAACCUUUUACUGAAUUCUAAUUCCGAUCAGCGGAGUUUGUCGCCGGAGGGUGGUGGAGAGUCUAAUAAUAAUUGUGUGGGUAAUGGUAGUGAUGGUCAUAACAAUGGUAACGAUAACGAGUUAUACGAAGAUAACAAGAUGUAUUGGAACAGCAUUCUUAAUUUGAUGAACUGUUCUUCCCCUUCGAAUUCACCCAUGUUCUGAUCGAGUUGGGAAGAAGGUAAAUAAAUCCUUUGCUGAAUUUGAUGAAAACAUGUCUUAAACUUGUGUACCAUUUCUGUUAUUAGAUGUUAUGAAUAUGUGGGGUCUGGUUUGAAAUUUACAUAGAGAGAAAUUAAUACAAAAUUUCAACACCACGAGAGACCAAAAGGAGGGUCCAUUCUAGUGUUGGGAUUGCUUCAAUUGCUGCAUCCAUCAAACCAAACCAAAGGGCUAUUCAUUUUCUUCAGUGUUGGCAUUAGAAGGGAACAUAUAAACAGAAGAAAGUGUUGGUUUCCAACAGUAUGCUUGUAUUUCUUUUUUUUCACGUAGAAAAUUGUGUGUCGCUUCCCUACAUCAUUAAAUGUUCAUAUCAUAUUAAAUUGUUUUUUAA